AUGGCCAGUAAGCUUUCCAAAUUAGAGGCAGAACAGAUGGCCAUUAGAAGGCAAUCUGGUACAAUGAAUAGGGGUAGAUCACAUUCCCCAUCCAAAUCCGGGCACAACAGCAGAUCGUCUCUGAUACUGAAUGACGAAUUUAAUAGGGACUUAAAAUGGUCAAUAACGAACCACGAUCCACUGGAAAGGCUUGUGCAGAAGGAUAUUGGUGAACAAAACGAGAACAAAGAUGAUGUGAAUGAAUUAUGGAUUAAUGAAGUUAGUGAGGAAGAACAUAUUAGUGAUAAUGAAGAUAAUGAGAAAUUCCACUAUGAUGAUACUGGAAAUAUAUUACCAAACUACGCAUGUCAAGAUGAUAAAAUAAAUGAAAUUUCGUCUAUUUUAGAAAAUUCGAACUUGCAUGACAGAGCGGUGACCAAAAGAUUGGAAGAAUUGACAGCUAACGAAAGAGCGUUUGCUAAUGCGAAGAAUAUUGGUAGUAAUGUUGAUAAGGAUUUUUUGGAUAAGUUGAAAAACGACAAGCAUGAAUUGACUGGAAAUGGAUUGGACCUUAGUAAGAGUGAACAAGAUGCUGCAUCCAGGAAGCAGAAGCUUGAGAACUACUCUAUUUACAGAAAGAAGAUUAUUGAUCAAGAAAAUGAUAAUUUGAAACCAAAUGAGAGCAACGAAGACGAGUCUUCGUCUUCAAGUGACAGACCUGAAGAAUCAAAUGAAAAAGACUUUAUGAUUCCGUAUACUUCAGCUGUUGAAGAUAAGUUGGACUCUGAGUUUGCUUCAAAAUUGAACGAAACAAUCAAAGAAGGAGAAAUUGAUUCAAAUAAGAGCAAUUCAAGAGCAAUCCAAGUUAUAACCAGAGGUAAUUUCUUCCAAUUGAUCAAUCCUAGAGUUAAACCAAAAAUAUUCCUUGUCUGUAUGGAUUUCUCACCUGAGUCGAUAUUUGCAUUGGAAUGGUGUCUUGGUACCGUUCUUGUAGAUGGAUCAGUAUUAUUUAUUGUUUGUGUCAUUGAGGAGAAUGACAAUAAUCAUCAUUUAAAAGGUAAUACCUUGAAUGAAUCCACAAGAGAAAACCAAAGGCUCAACACGUUAAAUAAAGCGAAACAGCAAGUCUUAAACUUAUUGAAGUUAACCAAAUUACAAAUUCAUAUAGUCAUUGAGAUUAUUCAUCACCCAAUUCCAAGACAUUUGAUUUUGGAAAUUAUUGAGAACUUACAGCCAACCUUGGCGGUAGUGGGUUCGAAAGGUCAAUCUGCAAUUAAAGGGGUGUUAUUGGGUUCAUUAUCUAACUAUUUGGUAACCAAACUGACAGUGCCAGUUAUGGUUGUCAGAGAAAAAUUGAAGAAGAUCAAUAGGUUCAAGACUGGGUCAUCUGUUUUCUCGAAUAACAUUAAACCUUUGACAUUGUCAGAAGCACGGGUAGAUUGA